UUCUGUUUCUGGGAAUAUGACAAGAACCAUAAAACAUUAAGCAGAGAAGUCUUAAAAUUUGUCAAUGACAGACUUGUUGACAGAGAUGACGCCUCUUGGAGAGAUGAAGUCCAACAAAAUUUCUUAGAAUGCAAAGAAGACACAUGCGCUGUUCUUGAAGAUGAAAUAGAAAACAGAAUAGAAGAGCUAUUAAAGGACAAAGAACUUUUACAUAAAUAUAGUUGCGCCAAAUUUGACAUAACUCCACCAGAAAAGAAGAAGAAAGAAAAGAAAGAAAAGAAAGUAGAAGAAGAGAAGAAAGAACCUGAACCAGUUCCAGAGAAAAAGAAAUUUGACAUGUAA